GGGCAAACCGAAAGAAGGGGGGAAGCAGUCAAAGAACGGCAGGGUUAAGAGGAGACAACACCACAGGCACGCUGGGAGGGAGACGCCCGAGCAGCGAUGGAGGGAGAGAGGGAGGAACAGGGAGAGCACGCGGGAAGUGGGAUGACUUCUACCCAGGCUGAAACACAGCCUCAGAGCUGUGGCGAGGAAAACAACGAGUCCACAGACCUCGAAGAGCAAGAUGGGAAGGAGGAGCAGGGUGACAGUGGUGACUGUGAUGGAGAGGUUGAGGAGGAUCAGUGUGUCAGCGGUGCAGGGAUGUCACCACGGGGGACGGAGACGGCCACAAACGCACAGGACGAUGCUGACUGCCUCCCAGUGUCCCCCCUGCAGACAGAAGAGGAGGUGACCCCCCGUUCAGUGUCAUCUCACCCCUCCAACGCGCAGAAUCGCCCGUCUGAACCCUGCUGGUACUGCAUGAGGUCUCUUGACUCAGAAUGUCGUCCUGAAGCUACUAAACAGGAGGACUCUGAUCCUCUGUCACCGCUGCCCUCUGCUGGGCAGAAAGUGAGCUACCAGACAGACCCUCGACCUCAUUUUGGAGUGGCUUGGUCCUCUCGCUCCACAUGUCGCCCUCUGUGGGGCAGCGAGGGCCCCUGCUGGGGACAAAGACACCAGGAGGUGCCUGACCAGACGGACACCUGUCCUCACUGUCAUCUGGGCUUGCCCCCUGACACACUGCGGUGGCAUGAGGCAAAGUGUCUGCUGUUUGAAGGGCUGAGGACCUCGAAGAAAUAACAGAAGUCAGCGUCAGAGGAAGAUUGUCGCUAAUGUCGACGUUUUAAAGAUGAAUGUUUGUUGUCUGUAUUGGGAAAUUCUCAGGAAACUCUUAGCACCUUAAGAGUUGUGCAAUAUCUUGCAUGUGCUACUGAAUCGCUAUAAUAGAGCUUUGUCACGUUUAUCCCUCAUUUCACUUUAUGUUUCAUUUCUGUGUACCCUUUCUAUUUGUUUCUUUUGAAAAAAUGAAUUGGCCUUUGUAUCAAUUCAAUUUCCUUUAUCAGUAUUUGAGUAAAUAUAAUCAGAAAUGGUUCCAAAUGGUCUGUAUGGCAAAUAAAUAGGGGGACUUUUCCCAGUAAAACUACUAUGGAUUUGUUUUUGUUUUUCAUAUUUAGGUUGUUUAAUUUUCUGAGUAGGCAUUUAGACAAAAAAAGGUAAUGA